AUGGAUACAGCACUUCCACUACAACAAGACGGCGAGAACAGUCACAGUCAAGACGAUAUCAAACCCACUGUCCCUGCUCCUGAGGAUUCAAACAUGAGCAACAUCCAGAGACACCCGCAUGCUAAUAGAACGACACCCGAGCCUCAAGAUGAUCGACAUGCCAACAAUUCUGAUCUGCCAGAUACCCCUGGUGUUUUAGAACCAUUUGACUGGGAUGAGUUUGAAGCGCGUUAUGAGGCUGCUUUGCAAGAGGCAGAUGAGCGAGAGCGGGAGAUUCUGAAGGAGGCGGAUGCUCUCUCAAAGGAUGAUCUCGUUGCUUUCCACGAAUCCCAUUUCUCGCACACAGCCGUCGCCGCCUUCGGAUCUGAAUUCGUAGACUCGCCCUCCCAGGAUCAAACUCAAGAUGACGCCGUCAACGAUACUCGGGAGGAGGAGGAGGACGAUAGCCUGGGCUAUUAUCCGGAUGGUGUGAAAAGGACUUUGACAGAUGCGCAAAUCGAGAUAUUUCGACAUUCAGAACUCGAAACUCAACGCAAAGAGAAAGAAAGAGCGAAACAGCUGGGUUUGAAAGAAACAGCGCCGUCGAGCGACGUCAUGGAUUUGAGUAAUGAUACCCCCACUUCAAAGCAAACCAAAAACAUGUCUUCCUUAUUACCCGCUUCCUUCCAGAGCAAUAAGAAACGAAAGAAGAAGAAGAACGGUCUUCAGCGCCCUCGCCCCGAACCGAAACCAGACUUGCGCAAACGAACCUGGGACGUUGUGGACAAAGGCUUGGACUCGCUGGAAUACGACUAA